GCCACAGGCCUUAUGUGCCUUGGCUAUUUGUUUCAUGUCUGCGGUUUUAGCAGCCGCUGAUGGAGACUAUUAUGCAUCUCCACCACCUUCACCUUAUAUCUAUAAAUCUCCGCCACCACCAUCAUACAUCUACAAGUCAACUCCACCGCCGUCAUAUGUUUACUCGUCACCGCCACCGCCGCCUUAUAUUUAUAAAUCUCCUCCACCACCACCUUAUGUAUACUCAUCUCCACCUCCACCACCUUAUAUUUACAAGUCUCCUCCGCCUCCACCCUAUGUCUAUAAAUCUCCCCCGCCACCUCCUUAUGUGUAUAAGUCACCACCUCCGCCUCCUUACAUUUACAAGUCACCUCCACCACCGCCUUAUGUUUAUAAAUCUCCUCCUCCACCGCCUUAUGUUUACAAGUCCCCUUCACCGCCGCCUUAUAUUUAUUCUUCACCACCACCACCACCAUCACCAUAUGUCUAUAAAUCUCCUCCCCCACCUCCCUAUGUUUACUCUUCCCCUCCACCACCUCCGUACAUUUACAAGUCUCCUCCUCCACCACCCUAUGUUUACUCUUCUCCUCCACCAUCGCCUUACAUUUACAUGUCUCCACCACCACCUCCAUAUGUGUACUCUUCUCCACCACCACCUCCCUAUCUUUACAAGUCUCCACCACCACCACCAUACGUUUACAAAUCUCCUCCUCCACCAUCAUACAUCUAUUCUUCCCCUCCACCACCUCCUUAUGUUUACAAAUCUCCUCCACCACCACCAUAUGUUUAUAAGUCACCUCCUCCACCUCCUUAUAUUUAUAAAUCUCCUCCACCACCACCAUAUGUUUAUAAGUCACCUCCUCCACCACCCUAUAUUUAUAAGUCACCUCCUCCACAUCAUUAUGUUUACAAAUCUCCUCCACCACCACCAUAUGUUUAUAAGUCUCCUCCUCCACAUCCCUAUAUUUAUAAGUCACCUCCUCCACCUCCUUAUGUUUAUAAGUCUCCACCACCACCUCCUUACGUUCAUAAGUCUCCUCCUGCAUAUGUUUACUCUUCUCCUCCACCAUCACCAUAUGUUUAUAAGUCUCCUCAUCCACCUCCCUAUGUUUAUUCAUCUCCACCACCACCUCCUUACAUUUAUAAGUCUCCUCCUCCACCCCAAUAUGUUUAUUCAUCUCCACCACCACCACCUUAUGUAUAUAAGUCCCCUCCACCACCUCCUUAUAUUUAUAAACCACCACCACCACCAUACAUUUACAAGUCUCCUCCCCCACCUCCAUACAUCUAUUCUUCUCCUCCGCCACUUCCCUUUGUUUACUCAUCUCCACCACCACCUCCUUAUGUUUAUAAAUCUCCUCCUCCACCUCCUUACGUGUAUUCUUCCCCUCCACCACCUCCUUAUAUUUACAAGUCUCCUCCACCACCUCCCUAUAUUUACUCAUCUCCACCGCCACCUCCCUAUGUUUACAAGUCUCCACCUCCACCACCCUAUAUUUACAAGUCUCCACCACCACCUCCUUAUGUUUACAAGUCUCCUCCACCGCCUCCAUACGUUUACUCAUCUCCACCACCUCCUCCCUACAUUUACAAGUCUCCACCACCACCGCCUUACGUAUAUAAGUCUCCUCCACCACCGCCUUACAUUUACAAGUCUCAACCACCCCCUCCCUAUGUCUAUUCUUUACCUCCACCACCACCUUAUGUUUAUAAGUCUCCACCUCCACCUCCUUACAUUUACAAGUCUCCACCACCACCUCCUUAUAUUUACAAGUCUCCUCCACCACCACCUCCUUAUGUUUACAAGUCCCCUCCACCACCUCCUAUUGUAUAUUAA